GAACAAUAGAACAAGAAGAACGUUGGAUACUUGGUCGCUUUGUUUGAGUUAAAAUUUAAUAUUUUAGUUUUGAAGUGAAAUUGACUGUGUCUUCCUGACUGUGACUGAGGCUUUGGUGUCAUCCAUCCCUGUAAACGUGGAGAAAACAAUCCCAAAUGAAGUCAUGGACUUUGAAAACGGAGACAUAGAGAAAGUACGACCUUCGAACAAAGAUGUCAUCAUCAGAUGUAUGAAUUAUGAAAUAAUAAAAGAGGAAGAAGAAGAAGAAAAAAAGGAAGACAAUGAUGACGGUGACGACGAAAAAGCAGAAAAACAAGACAAAAAUGAAAGAGAAAUUCUAUCACGCAAAACUACUGUUAAAAAACGACAUCAGUGUACAGUUUGUACAAAAAGGUUCACUCGGUUUUAUAAUUUGACUGAUCAUAUGCGCACUCACACUAAAGAGAAGCCUUUCCAUUGUACAGUCUGUACAAAAAGGUUCACUCGGUCUAAUCAUUUGACUGUUCAUAUGCGCACUCACACUAAAGAGAAGCCUUACCAGUGUAAAGUCUGUAAAAAAAGGUUUACUCGGUCUGAUUAUUUGACUGGUCAUAUGCUCAUUCACACCAAAGAGAAGCCUUACCAGUGUAAAGUCUGUGAAAAAAGGUUCACUCAGUCUGGUUGUUUGACUGUUCAUAUGCGCACUCACAACAAAGAGAAGCCUUACCAGUGUACAGUCUGUGCAAAAAGGUUCACUAGGUCUGGUGAUUUGACUGUUCAUAUUCGCACUACUCACACCAAAGAGAAACCUUUCCAGUGUACAGUCUGUGCAAAAAGGUUCCCUCGGUCUUAUAGUUUGACUGUUCAUAUGCGCACUCACACUAAAGAGAAGCCUUACCAGUGUACAGUCUGUACAAAAAGGUUUACUCAGUCUGGUUGUUUGACUGUUCAUAAGCGAACUCACACUAAAGUGUGAGCCUUUUCAAAUUGAAAAGAUACAUAUUUUAAACCAUUCUUAACAUGCUCUGAUUCUCUAUUUCUACAUGGUUUUUUGCUCCACUUAUUAAGAAUAACUAGUAAACUUCCUCCUACAAAGAAAACGUGCUUGCACGCACAACUUGCUUUUUCAGAUUUGUUUAUCUCACUAUGUGUCAAUCUCUUUUUAUUAAGUAGUGUUCUUUCAAGCAGGGAUACCUACAAUUUUGGUAGUGGGGGGGGUGAGAACGCAGAGAUUUGCGUCCUUGAAAUCUUGGAGGGGUGGAUCUUCAAAAUGGUUGUCAUCGGAAGAUGAAGACAACAAUCCUUUUCCUAGAUAAUAUGUUACACUAGUCUCGUUUCCAAUUAUCUGAAGGGAUUAAUAACAUUUUUCAUCAUUGUGUUGGCAAAUAAGAAUGUAGUACAAAUAUUAUUUUAAGAUUUCUUGACAAUUGGUCAAUUCUUGUUGUGUAUUCAUAAACUUAAUAAUAUUUUGUAUUUAUUUUUUCAUUUUAUUUUAUUUUUAUUUAUUAACAAUGCAAAUGACACUAUUAUAAUUUUCUAUUAUACUUUUCAAUUAGAAGGAAAUUUAGAAUUAUUGUAUUCUCCAUGUAGUACAUGAAGUACUUUGUUGGACUAAGCUCCAGAUCUACUGAUUCUUGAAAAAUAUUAAUGUUGAGCUUCAUACAAGUUUCUCAGCAGUAUUAAAUAAUAAUAGUGAUCUACUUUUUAUUUUCUAGUAGUAAUUAGGCCUACUUCAAAAAUGUUUUCAAGUUGUAAA